AGAUUUUUCGAAAUUCAAGCACUAUUCACUGUUAAGUUCAGUUACUAUUGCAGGCCAGAACACUGGCAUGUUUGGAAAGGAGAAUGAAAAAAAGAGUAACAAAUGUGGUAAAUAAGAGACAAGGGGAAGAGAGAGAGCCGCAAAAUAUCAUUGCUCCAAGACGGACUGCAACGAUGAAGAAAGAGAAAAAGAGAGAGGCAAUAGACGAUUCUUGACACAACUCCGCAAGCGGGGAAACAAAAAAGAGGCAAUUAUGUUAUUGGCUGUUGAAAGAGGCCAAUUAGCAUCUUGUCUUGCCCAAAUACUUUUUGUACGAGCGUUUGUGCGUGGUGAGAAAGAUGCUUCCCAUCGCUUUCUCUCUCUUCUUCGUCUUCUUCUUUUUUGUGCUCUCUCGUGCAAGUCCGUAUACAUGGCAUGUAUUGGCUCUCCAUGUAAGCGAACAAAAAAAGAGGACGAACGAGAAGCGAAAAGCGAAAAGCAUAGGACUGAGAGGGGGGAGCACAAAAAAAGGUGUGUAUGACAAGAAAAGGGUAUAAAGAAAAAGGUA